UGCCACACUUUGCCCGAAGAAGCUUUCUGGGCUUUUUCCGAGCGCCAGGCGGGAAGAGUUGCGUUCACCGCCGCCGCCGGAAGGCGCGAGGAAAGGAUGGUCCCGGCGGCUCCUCAUGAGGAGCUUUCCGAGCAGGGGAAACCCUAAAUGUCCUCACCUCAGCGGGAUCUGUCAGGGAGCCCUGAUGCCUCCCAGCCUGGCCGGGCAAAGACGCGGGAGCCGCGGAAAGGGCACCAUGCCCGGGACGCGGCUCCUCCUCAGCCUGGGUCUCCUCUGCGGCUGCACGCAGCUCCUGGCCGCGGCCAGCUCCUGGUGGUCUUUGGCUAUGAACCCCAUUCACAGACCUGAGAUGUACAUAAUCGGAGCCCAGCCCGUGUGCAGCCAACUACCAGGGCUCUCCCCAGGCCAGAGAAAGUUGUGCCAACUUUAUCAGGAACACAUGAUGUACAUCGGUGAAGGAGCCAAAAAUGCCAUCAAAGAGUGCCAGUAUCAGUUCCGGCAGAGACGGUGGAAUUGCAGCACGGUGGACAACACGUCAGUGUUUGGCAGGGUCAUGAGCAUCGGUAGCCGAGAGACUGCCUUCACGUACGCCGUCAGCGCGGCAGGGGUGGUGAAUGCUAUCAGCCGCGCCUGCCGCGAAGGGGAGCUCUCCACUUGCGGGUGCAGCCGGACAGCCCGACCAAAGGACUUGCCCCGAGACUGGCUAUGGGGCGGAUGUGGUGACAAUGUGGAAUAUGGCUAUCGAUUCGCCAAGGAGUUUGUGGAUGCCAGGGAGAGAGAAAGGAAUUUUGCCAAGGGAUCUGAGGAGCAGGCCCGCACGCUAAUGAAUCUGCGGAACAACGAGGCUGGUCGCAGAGCAGUAUACAAGUUGGCUGAUGUUGCCUGUAAGUGCCACGGCGUCUCAGGUUCCUGCAGCCUCAAGACUUGUUGGCUGCAGCUGGCAGACUUUCGCAAAGUGGGCGACUUUCUGAAAGAAAAGUAUGACAGCGCUGCUGCCAUGAGAAUCAGCCGCAAGGGCAAGCUGGAUCUGGUAAACAACCGCUUCAAUCCACCGACUCCAGAGGACCUGGUCUAUAUCGAUGCCAGCCCUGACUAUUGCCUCCGCAACGAGACCACAGGUUCUCUGGGCACUCAGGGACGUCUCUGUAAUAAGACAUCAGAGGGCAUGGAUGGCUGUGCGCUGAUGUGCUGCGGCCGGGGCUACGACCAGUUCAAGAGUGUGCAAGUGGAACGUUGCCACUGCAAGUUCCACUGGUGCUGUUACGUCAAGUGUAAAAAGUGCACAGAGAUUGUUGACCAGUAUGUCUGUAAAUGAAAGGCCCACAAGAGCUAGAAAUUUAUAUUAUUAUAAAUCUAUAUAAAUAUAUUUUAUAUAUUUGUAUAAAUAAAUGGUGAUGCUCAUGGUGAUAAUAAUAAUUAAAGAAGCUUAUUUAAGAGACUUAGGGGAAGGGAUUUCUAAAGUGUUUCCAUUAGAACCGCUGACUGGGUUGGACUGGAUUAUUUAAUGGAAGAGCAAAACAAGAAAAGGAAAAAGUCAGGGAUUUGGGUGCUGGUUCUUGCCUACCCUUGACAUACUGCAGCCAAGAGAAAAGGGAAAUUUGAGGCUCAUUCGUGAGCUCCUUGCCUCUACAGCAAAACCAGGAAGACAGAAUGUGUUGCCUCUGCCUAACUCGCUUUGGGUGUCACGUGCUUUUGGGGCAAAGCCAAAGGAAGUGCCUUAGAUGCUCAGGCCAUUUCUGCUUCUUAUCAGUACACACUCUGAUAUAGCAAACUACAAGGCAAACAACUUGCGUUUAAUGUUGAAGAAUGAUUUCGAAGACAGAGUCUGUGCACAUGGUCGUGCAGCUGAUGUGUGGAUUGAAAAGAGACUGUUGCACAAUGACGGAUGAUCCCCUUGCCGCCAGUGGGCAAAGAAAAAUAUUACCUUUGACCUAGACAUGCUGCUUUACCCUUCUGUCCUGACACAAGCCCCAGCAUCUGGUUCUUCUGUAUUUUGUGGAAUGCAGGGGAAAGGGAAUCUACUAAAUCUCUGAAAAGGCAAAGCUGUCUGAGUGGAAUUAUUUUAUUCUGUCAGUUAGUCUGUUUUCUCUUUGUGGAAAAAGAACGGGCUACCUGUCUCUCAGGCCUGCAUAGAUGGUUUUGCAAAACCAACCAUAUUCUAUAUAAGUGUCAGAUGUGAGAGAAAAACAGGCAUGUAUAGGACUUAAGAAACAUUGCACCUCAAUUUCUAUGUGGACGUGGACUUAACAUUGACAAACCUUUUCUCACCUUCCUUGCCACUAUCCUAGAUGUACAGUUUCUUUUUACCAUUAAAUAUCCCUUGUUUUCAUCCUCUCCCUUGUUUUUGUGAGCCCGUUUGUUUUGUGUUGCUACUAAUGUAUUUAACAGCACAGGAACCUUCUGCCAAGUUGGAUUCCUUCCUGAUUUAAAACUUACUGCAGUCAGACCCAGUUCUCAUGUUACUUUUCAACCUGGUGAAAUCACCAACAAGCAAUUCGAAAAACAACACUGGCAAUGUUACUUAAAGACUGGCUUGGUUUGCAUUUCUCCCUGCUGAUUUUCAUCAUCCUGAAGGAAAUUAACGAUGGUGGGCAAACAUGACAGUGAAAUACUUAUCAGACAAAAUGAAUGUAUUAAAGUUGUCUUGUGAGAUGGACUUUAGUGAUAUUGAGGGAGUUGUUUCCACACAAGACAGUGACCAAAUCUUUGAAAAUGAACAAAAGGUGAAAUGUAUACCAGUAGUGGGAUGAUGAAGUGGGUCACUGGUUGGAAGUGCUGAUAACCACUGCAGGGUGAUGGGGAUGGAGAGGAGUUGGCAAAUUUACAUCCUUGCCAUAAUACAUAAUUUAGAGAUGAUGGAGGCAAAGGUGCCUUGGUCAGUAUUCUGUUUGAUGUUGCUGCGUGGCUAACUGCCACCUGAAGUGAAUAUUUAUAAUGAUAAUUGUAACCACCUUCUUUGCACCAAAUAUAAUGGGCAGAAUCCUGUUUGUUCCUUCCAUUCAAGCAGUGGUCCACUUUGUAUUUAGUUGGACAGUUUCCAAUCUUGCAGAAGGGGAUAUCCAGUCCCACAUCCUUGUGUAAGCUCAGAAUCUGUCCAGUUGCUCAAGCAAGAAACUAUUGCACAAGUGGAAAGAAUGAACAGGAUUCUUCCUGGCAUCCAUUUGGGUUAGAACAAGUUUAUCUAUUCUAAACCUUUCUCAGUCUUCUGUCUUGUCCCUAGUAGAGAGAAAGACAUAAACCAUAUGAUACAAUUGAACUCUGUAAAUUGGAGGCAGAGCUUGGGCACCAGACGGAGUGAUCCAAGGGCAAGCCAAGGGUUGAAGAGAAAAAUCAGUUGGGUGCUCAGCUUAAAAAAAAAAGCCACCCCAGGCCUCCAUCAGCUUCCCAAAGGGUAGAAUUAUUUUACAUUAUCCCUGGACUGGUCUAAAUUGUUCCCCUCCCAAUGCAAACAAGCUCUGAUCUUAAAGACUCAAUGCAAGCAGUUGUAAUGGCAAGACGGAGGAAUCCCGAGACGAAAAUGCCUUGGCCUCCUCAGUCCGGAGUACUUUGCAAGUAAUGUUAGGGUAAAAGGUUAACAAAAAAAGAGACAGCAGCAAAUGCCUCUCCUCUCUUACUGCUGGCAAGAGCCCAGUAGGACUUGGGAAAUGUUGAAAUACUCUAACCUCUGACCAAGCAUCAUAACUCAAUACUUAUUAUACUUUUUAUACAAGUCGUAUUGAAUUCCAGGAAUUAAUGGCUAUUAUACGUGCAUGUACAGGUCAUAAGGUAAGAGAAGAAUCAAAUGAUUUCCUCAAUAGGAAAUCAUGUGAGAAAGUACAUUUGGUCCAUGAAAGCUUACAUUUAAAAAUAGCAAUUAGUCUUACGUUUUUGUCUCUUUAUAUUCUGUUUUGGUGCUUUGUGGGUUUUUUUCUUGCCUGACAUGCUUGCACGGACUAACUUGGCCACUCUUGAAAACUACAACUCGGAAUAAUUGUCACUGUUUCAAAAAGAUACAUUAGGAAUUACGGUGGGGGGGGAUAUAGAAUAUCACCUAUUUCUCCUUUCUGGUCCACAAAUUGGCUAGAAACUUUCUGAAAUGGAGGGUCAUUCCAUUAAGAGAGCCCCUAUCUGACAUCCACUUGACAAACCUCAACUUGAUAACUGCUACAGAAAAGUAGUAUUUCAUAAGUAAGGUGAUUUUGGCAUAUAAUUUGUCAAAUAUAGACACAUUUGAAGAUGUCUUAGACAAGACACUUAAAAUUAAGUUUAGGUUUUGGCCCCACAUCCAUGGGAUGAAAAAGUUAUGUGCAUUUGUCACACAUACAUGUAUAAUUCAUACAAGGAGAUAUGUUAUGCUACCUUCCAAAGAGUUCAUAUUUCAGUGGUAGGUAACCUGCUUUACAUGUCAAAACAUCAGGUUCAAUCUCUGGCAUAUCCAGUUAAAAAGGAAAUCUGCUGUUGUGGAAAUUCAUUGUCUGAGACCCUGGAAAACUGCUAAUAUUUAGAGUGGAUAAUAUUGGGCUAAGUUAUCACUCCACUGGUGUAAAGCAACUUCAUACGUCCCAUGUAGGAAAUUUUAGCUAGGAUCUUACGGGGUUGUUUUGUAAACAGAAGAUUGUGCCUUCAGAUUCCAAGAAAAUGGGUUUGUGAGAUACAUAGUCCAAAAAAAAAUAUAUAGUUUCUCCAAGAUUAGGGAGCAUGAGAAGAAAGCUAUGUCAAAUUAGUGGUUGUUUCCUAGUGUAAUGUUAGCUUCAGGCUUUUAUUAAGGAUGAAGUUUUCCUUUGCUUGGCCUCAGGCUCAACUGGAGUUUUUUUUUUGUCAAUUAAUCACUAAUGAUUAAAUACAUGUACUAGUAAUGCUGUGUCCACAUAACUCAUAAAUGGUUACUGAUUUUUUACUUUUCAUGCUAGUGGAUUGUAGAUGGAAAAGUACCUACAAAGACUAUUUGUAUUGAGCCAAAGACUGAAAGCUCUUGUUGACAGAAUUUUUGUUCUUUGAAACACUUGGCCUUUUAAAAACACUAACAACCCCCAUAUGACUAAAACAAAGUGCCAAUGUAUAGAAAUAAGCAACAGCACAGUAAAAUGCAAUGCUGGUUUUUUACAAGUGCUAUUUGUAUCCACACAGUUUUAGUACAUUUUUGCAAUUACUGCAACUAAAGAUGUCAGUAUAUAGUAUGUAUCUCUUAG